AUUUCUACUUUGAGGUUUUAUACUUCACUUUCUGCUCUUGUGGCUGUUCCCACAUGCAUACUCUAAAAUUCCCAGAAAAUAUUUUAUGCCCAAGUCUCAUCCUUGCUUCAGUGGAUGAAGCACAUAGAUACUGUAGAUCCAUACCCAAGAACUGAUGCUAUAAUCAUAAAAUCUUAAUCACAAUCUGCUCAUACGAACCAUCCCUUCAAAACACUCAGUAUUGUUUGACUUUAUAGUAUAUGGUUGUAGAAGAUUAAUAAUUUAUAAUCACGUUAUCCACUGUCACCCAGAAGAGAAUGAGUUCCCUAUUUAAGUCCCUGAAGUGUUCUUCCUCAUGAGGUCUCAGGGAGUUUUUCCUUGCCACUGUCUCCCCUGGCUUGUUCAUUAGGGAUCUAAAAGUAAAUCUGUGUCAGAUUUCUGUAAAGCUGCUUUGUGACAAUUGUUAAAAGUGCUAUACAAAUGAAACUGAAUUCAUAAUUCCAACAAUUUCCCCACAGGGAUUAUAGAUAUUCCCAGAGGAUUUGACACAAAUACCUUGUGAUGAUGUGUGUGUUUAAAAAAAGACCUGUGAAGUGAUGAGAACGCUUAUUGUCACUGAAACAAAAAAGUGUGUGUGUGAGUAUGUGUGUGUGUGUGUGUGCGCGUUGAGUUUCCUGUCUUCUGUCAGGGUCUCAUUAGUGAAGUACGCCUCGCAAAAGGAAACCACUGUGACAUGCGAAAGCAGCAGAAAACAAAGAAGUCUUCAGAGAGGUGUUAUUUCUCCCUUGCCAAGGUGAGAGGUAAUGGCUGCCGGGGUGGAUCAGGAUUCUCUGGACUCUGGCAUUUCCAGUUGUUUUUCGCAGAUGUCUGUGGGGACAGAAUCUGUCCCUGAAGGGCCCAUUUGCAUCCACUUCCAAAUGGGUCUAUUGAAAGAAAGGGUCAGCGUGCCCAAGGGCCAGCUAAGUUUCAAAAGCGCCAAGAAAAUAGCAGCAGAAAUCAUCGAGAAGAAGGCCCCUGAUUGGAGUAUAAUAGGUCUUGGUGAGAAGCUGCUGCUUUUCCGACAUGAUCCCAUGUCUGAGCAGCUCCUCCACAGACUCUCAGAGCAACACUAUCUGCACGACGGAGACCUGGUGGAGGUGGUACUUGCUGCUUCUGCGUCACUGACUGAGGUGAAAUUCCGCCCACAUUCUUUGGUGGUCCAGUCUUAUCGCACACCGACAUUUUGUUACCACUGUGGCGAGAUGCUUUGGGGGCUCAUCCGACAGGGCUUAAAAUGUGAAGGUUGUGGUUUAGAUUUCCAUAAACGCUGUGCACUGAUGUUGCCUAAUGACUGCUCGCGUGUGUACCGGCCAUGUGGUCCCAGUCUGUCGCUGUUCCCUCCCUCACGUCCCCGUUCCACCUCCCUCAGCAACCACACUGGGGGCAGCCUGGAGGAGAUCAGUCUCUCCAAGCCAUCGCGCUCUCGACCCCCGUCAUGGGCAGACAGGCCCGUGUGGUUAGGGGUGUGUGAUGGGGCUAGAGGUGGCAGACCCCUGGUGCCACACACCUUCCACAUCCACACAUACACCAAGCCCACAAUGUGUCAGCACUGUCACCGGCUGCUGAAGGGUCUGUUCCGCCAAGGCCUGCAGUGCUCCGACUGCAAGUUUAACUGUCAUCGCCGCUGUGAGUCUCAGGUUCCACCGGACUGUAGAGGGGAACGAGCCAAUGGAGAAGAGAGCAACUCAAACCAGGAGCCUGAAUCUGAGGAGGACUUAGCUGUGGAAACAGUCAAUGCUAUUUAUGAAGAGUAUCCCUUUAAAGUGCGCCCUGACGUGGAGGAGGAGUCUGCAAAGCAACCACCAAUCAGUCCGUGUUUCAGCAGUAAUAUCCCCUUGAUGAGGGUGGUGCAGUCAGUUAAACAGAGUAAGAGGAGGUCCAGUGGAAUACUGAAGAAAGGCUGGCUGUUACACCAUACCAAUGUAGAUACACUGAGGAAAAGGCACUACUGGAUUCUGGAUGGGAAAAGUAUCACACUGUACCAGAACGAGAACAGCAGCAAGUACUACAAGGAGCUGCCUCUGUCUGAAGUGCUGCAGGUCCGAGGCUCGUCUCAGCUCACUGUUCCUGUGCAGUCGGAUGGCGCUGGUCACUCGUUUGAGCUGCUGACGAGUUCUGUGGUCUUCUGUGUGUUCGCAAACACAGAAGGAGCAGCCUGGGAGUCGGCCAUCAAACUCGCGCUCAUGCCUUUACAGAGUGUCGAGCUCUGCACAGCAGGGCCUGCAGAUGAUCGAGCCAUCAGUGAAGAAAUCCAGGAUAUUAGUUCGCUGUAUCAGGUUUUCUCUGAUGAAGUGUUGGGAUCAGGACAGUUUGGAGUGGUGUACGGAGGUACUCACAGGCAGACGGGUCGACCGGUGGCCAUUAAGGUCAUCGAUAAAACUCGCUUCCCGGCCAAGCAGGAGAGACAGAGCAAAAAUGAGGUGGCCAUACUGCAGAGUCUGUCUCAUCCUGGAGUCAUUGUACUUGAAGGCAUGUUCGAGACGCCUGAGCGCACUUUUGUCGUCAUGGAGAAGCUCCAUAGUGACAUGCUGGAGAUGAUUCUGUCCAAUGAGAACGGACGACUUCCUGAACGCAUCACACGCUUCCUUGUUAUGCAGAUUUUGGAGGCUCUGCGCUACCUGCACAUGAGACACAUCGCUCACUGUGACCUUAAACCUGAGAACGUGCUGCUCUCCUCUCCAGAUCCUUUGCCUCAGGUGAAACUGUGUGACUUUGGUUUUGCACGGAUCAUCGGUGAGAAGUCUUUCCGGAGCUCGGUGGUAGGGACGCCGGCGUAUCUGGCCCCCGAGGUGAUCAGUAGCCACGGCUAUAACCGCUCGCUGGACAUGUGGGCUGUAGGGGUGAUCCUGUACGUCAGCCUGAGCGGCACGUUUCCCUUCAACGAGGACGAAGACAUUCACCAGCAGAUCACUAACGCUGCCUUCAUGUACCCUCGCCACCUGUGGGCCCUCAUUUCUCUCGAGGCGGUGAGUCUGAUUAAUAACCUGCUGCAGGUGGUGGUGCGGCGCAGGUUCAGUGUGGGGAAAGCGAUGGGACACCCCUGGCUCCAGAACUUCCAGCUGUGGUGUGACCUGCGUCAGUUUGAGCAGCGUCUGGGUCGCCGGUACCUCACUCACGAGUCGGAUGAUGAGCUCUGGAGACGUCACGCUCAGGAGAAAGGCCUCAGUCUCCCUCCUCAUCUACAGACAGAACAGGGACACUGACACGCACGCACGCACACACACGCACACACACGCACACACACACACAUACACUGGACACCUCGGUUUAAUCAUGAGACCUGUGACUGUGGCGUGUGGACUGUACAGAAUCCAGUACUCUGAUCUGAUGUACAUUUUAUGCACACUGACAAUUUUUAAUAAAAUGAUACAAAACUCUGGA